GUGAAAUAUAGUCGUGAUCCAGACAGUCUGCCUUCUAUCUCAAUAUGGCGUUCAAGACGGCUGAGUUCGACCAAUUGGUCGAGAGACUGAUGGAGGAGUGGCAUGUCCCGGGCCUGUCGAUUGCAGUCGUCCAGGGCGAUCAGAUCGACGCGAAGGCCUACGGCUAUGCCAAGUUCCCCCACGAAGAAUGCACCACAGAGACCAUCUUCGACCUUGCCAGCGUGUCCAAGUGCACCACGGCAGCCGCGGCCGCCCUCCUCGUCGACGACGACAAAUACCCAGACAUGCAGUGGCAGACCCCAGUCUCAAAGCUCAUCCCGGAAGACUUCGUGCUGCCCACGCAGUCUCUCACGGAGCAGGUCACCCUCGAGGACAUCCUCAGCCACCGCUCGGGGAUCCCGACCCACGACGAGUCCUACAUGGGCGUGACGGCCGCCCGGCCGGACGACGCCCGGUCCCUGACCCGCAACCUGCGCAACCUCGCCUUCGCCGCGCCCCUGCGCACCAAGCUGCUGUACUCCAACAUCAUGUUCAGCGUCGCCACGCACGUCGUCGAGACCGUGUCCGGGGAGGACUACACGUCGUUCCUGCACUCGCGCCUCUGGGGCCCGCUGGGCAUGCACAACACCUACCAGGACCGGCCCGACGUGCGCCCCUCCGCCCGCGCGGCCCAGGGCCACCGCUGGGACGACACGGCGCAGACAUAUGUGCCCGUGCCCAUCCUCGCGUCGCCCGAGGGCCGCGGCGCCGGGUGCGUGCUCACCUCCGCCGGGGACUACGCCCGCUUCGUGCGGUGCCUGGUCAACAAGGCCGCGCCGCUGUCCGAGGCCGCGCACGGGGCGCUCGUGCAGCCGCGCACCAUCGACAUGGUCGACGCCGAGGACGUGCUGCCCGGCGGCGAGGACGUGGCGCUGUACGCGCUGGGCCUGUACCGGUACACGUACCGCGGCAACACGGUGAUGAAGCAUGCGGGCGCCGUGCCGGGGUUCCGGACCGCGAUGGCGUUCCUGCCGGGGAAGAAGUGGGGGGUUGUCAUCUGCACGAAUUCGAACCCGGGGGAGCAUGUGCAUGCGAUCCUGGAGAAUGUGCUCGUGGAUGAGGUGUUGGGGGUGAGGGAGGACGAGAGGACGGACUGGGAGAAGGUGUUCAAGGAGAUUUCAGCGAGGUAUGACGAGGAGGAUAGGAAAGACAAGGAGAAACCUGAGUUCACCGUGCCUGAGGACCCGGAGCCGCUGGGGGUGGCGAUUCAAGGGCUUGCCGGGAGGUACUACAACAAGGGGUACAAGGAGCUUAGGUUGGAGAUGAAGGAGGGCAAGGUGGUGGCGGACUGUACAGAUCGAUGCUUUCCGUUUGUGGUCACAUUUGAGCAUCUCUCGGGGAAGAGGUUUGUUGCUGAUAUGCACGACCUAUGGGAUGACUUUCAUUUCUUCAAGAAGGCCGCGGUGAAGGUGGAUGGGGAGGGUAAAGUUGUGGCUGUUGGCGUUCAUUUUGAGACCGACCUCGAGGAGUUGAUUUGGUUCGACAGAAUCGAGGACUAGAAGCAUAACAAAUUAUGCAUAGGCUUUGCAUCUACAGCCCCAAAA